AUGAUUCGACUGCUUAUCAGCCAGGCUGUGCUUCCUUUAGCAGCAUUCAUUAUAAACAAUACGCCGAGUUUUAUUUGGGCACUCAUUGAGUUCUUCUUUGACAUUUGUUUCUUUUGGGUGCGCCGGUUGUAUCAUCAUUUUUAUAGGAAAGACCCACUUAAAGAGCAUAUCAAGCAACUAAAAAAUGUCCAAAACUAUACCGAAUGGAAAGCCACAACAUUUGAGAUCGAUAGGUUGACCAAUAUGGAUCUUUGGCGCGAGAAUUUCAUAAGCAAACAUUAUGACUACGUAUUAAUCAAUGAGCGGACUAAACUGCUUCGGGAAGCAAGAGAGAACCGGGACUUCCAGCAAAUUAUGUCGCUCUUAAGAGCUGGCCUCAUACGUAAUUUUGGAGGUAUUGCACAAAAGAGGUUGUUUUUAAAGUCGUACAUGGGAACAAAGUUCAAGAUUGAAGAGUACAUCAAUGAAGUUUUGAGCUGUUUAGACUUUCUCAACGAAAGUUUGAAUAGCGGCAAUGGAAAUGAUUAUGUCAUGAAUAGCAAGCAAUUGAAGUUGGAUUUUUUCCACGAUGCAAGACAAAGUUUUGGAUGCACAGCGUUGUUGCUACAAGGUGGCUCUCUAUUUGGGUUGUGUCAUUUAGGAGUGGUGAAGGCGCUUUAUUUCAAAAGAUUGCUUCCACGAGUUAUUGCAGGUAGUGCAGUUGGCGCGGCCGUUGCUUCAUUGGUGUGUACACUCACCGAUGAAGAUUUGAUCCCUAUAUUGGUCAAUAUUGAAGAAUUGAUGAAGAAUAUAGACAUUUUGAAUCACGAAAUCGAUGAAAGGUAUGGGAAUGUAGUUGAGAAUGUCGUCAAGAAAGGUUACAGUCAGGACAUUUUGUUGUUUUUAAAGUUUGUGCGCGAUACUAUAGGCGACUUGACUUUUGAAGAAGCAUAUAUGAAGACGAGGAAAAUUCUCAACAUUGUUGUGCAUCCGACCAACCGAAGUGUCCCAUCUUUGCUCAACUACAUAACAGCACCCAAUGUGAUUAUAUGGACAGCAAUAUAUGCCUCAAUAGGCACCGGAGUAUUAUCAGACGAUAUUGCGUUAUACGUGAAGGACUUCAAUAACGAAAUUGUUCUACAAACUCCAGAUAUCAAUGUGAAGUUUCUUAAACCACAAGACGUAAGCUAUCUGACAUCUUAUUUCCAAAAGAACUUAUCGACAAACAUUCAACACCAGUCACCUUACACCAAAUUGACGGAAUUGUUUAAUGUCAACCACUUUGUCAUUAGUUUGGCGAGACCUUACCUUGCUCCUUUGAUAAGUAAUGACCUCAAACAUUACCAUACUUCCUAUGGCAAUGUCAAGUACGACAAAAAGACAAAGACAUAUGACAAUGGCACGGAGAUGACGAAGAAGGAUAUCGAAAAGUAUGCAAAAGACACAGGUUUCAAUUUCAUGAAACGUUUUAAAACUAUUUUGGGAAUGGAGAUUCAACAUCGAUUAGUGGUUCUAAACAAAUUGGGUUUACUAAAUGAGGUGAUGAAAAGGUUUUUUAUUGAUGAAAAACCUACAUCCUUACAGUACCUCGCAUCCAUUCGAGAGGUUACUAUAGUCCCCGAGGUAAGAUACUUGGUGAAAGACUUUAGCAGAGUAUUUGAUGUUCACCGCACAAUGGAGAACAUCCCUUACUGGGUUCUUGUUGGCGAGCGUUCAGUUUGGCCCUUAUUUCCGUUGCUAUGGACUCGAUGUGCGAUUGAGUUUGCUUUGGAUGAUUUAUACAAUUUGCAUAGAAAGCGUGGUUAG